AUGAGUCCGAAAGGCGUCCAAAAGCUUCAUCUUUGUUCUGGCCAUCUCUUGAUGACAGAUGCAACCCUGACCCCAACAAGGCAUCAGCCGCAACUCGCCAGCGAUGCCGUUGGUCGCUUUGCCUCCGUCGAGCGGCAGCAUAUGGACGAACAUGGAGCCGGCGGAAGUGACGUGGACGAGGCGACGCCAACAGAACGCAGCCUUGUCUUGUCGCAGAGGCGACCAAGAUUCUUCUCAGAGAUGCGACGCGAUCUGACUUUUUCUGGGGAUUGCUGUCAGAAUCUUUAUCUCUUGGAGGCCAGCGGCUCGGAAUCUAAAUUAUUAAGGAGAUCACAGUCCCAGUCAACUUCUCCUCCACGUACCGCAGAUGAGGCGAAAAUCCGCAGAACCCAGUCAUCUCCUCGUGAAGAGUUGUCUGUCCCGACGGAUCUAGGACAGUCCGACACGCAGCAACAGGAGGCGGCUAGUGACACUGUAAGGUCUGGAGCCGGCGGCUUUCGUCUCCAAUGGCACCGCAGCAAGCCGAAACAUGGUUCUAGUCUACAUUUGUCUGAUUCGACUGUUGUGGCCGUCCAGGCUGCGUUGAAUCGACGUUCACUGCAGGUAUAA